UGGCAGUCGGCGUGCAUGUCCAGACUGAGCCAACCUGUCAUCCAGAACCUUGGAAAAUCCACAUGGCAAUAAUACAUUUUCCAACCCACGCAUCUCAGCCAUUGUACUGCAAAACGUGAAUGUCCAUGCGACAAAUGCAAUUUAGGAAGCAACCUGAGCUUCAUUAAGCAAACAUCGACAUUGUCCUGUUCUAAUUGUAUUUUUGGCCAAUUACCCAAACAGACACGGCAACAGGAAAUGAGGCAAAAUCAAACAAUACGGCGAGCGCAUGAAAAGACAGGAUCUUCUGCUUUACAAUCCUGCGUGGCUCACAUGUGGACUAAUCCACCCGAGAACACGACCGUGGGAAGAGUGCUUUGGUGAGAAUAUUCCGACCACCCUUGCCCUCCAAAUGAAACCAAGACUGCCCGUUUGAACAUCUGGGAGCCGUUUCGAUUCCCUCCAGUGACUCAUCCGUCAACUUAAGCAUGGCCUGCGACGGGCUGUCCCCCAACAUCACGUGCAACGAAAGCCUCACGGUGAAAGGCGACAGCAAUCCGGCCACGAGUAUCCUCAUGUUCCUGGCCGGCGUGGUGGGGAACCUCUUGGCGCUCUUCAUCCUGGGCGUUCACCGCAAAGAGCAUCGCUCCAGGUCGUCCGUCUUCUCCAUCCUGGUGACGGGGCUCGCCCUCACCGACCUGCUGGGCACUUGUCUCCUCAGCCCGUCCGUCUUCAUCUGCUACGCCCGCAACGUGUCCCUCAUCGGCCUGGGCGACGAGAGCCUGUGCCAGCUCUUCGGCUUCGCCAUGAGCUUCUUCGGCCUGGCGCCCACCCUCAUCCUCUGCGCCAUGGCGGUGGAGCGUUGCCUGGCCAUCAGCCAUCCCUACUUUUACUCGGUGCACAUCCGCCAAAGCUUCGCCAAGGUGACGCUGCUCGCCGUCUAUCUCUUUUCCCUGGCCUUCUGCCUCCUGCCGUUCGUCGGCAUCGGCAAGUUCAGGCAGUACUGCCCGGGGACGUGGUGCUUCAUCGACAUGGACGCCACGGGGGACGCCGACGCCGAGCGGGUGCAGGCUUUCUCGCUGACGUACUCCUCGCUCAUGGCGCUGAUCAUCCUGGCCGUGUUCGCCUGCAACGGCUCGGUCAUCGCCAGCCUCUGCCAGAUGCACCGCAGCCACUUGAUACGGCGAGGCUCGGCCUGCUCCGCCGGCAGGAAGAGAAAGCUGAGCCUGGCCUUGUUCGGCUGGGGUGAGGAGGAGAUGGACCACCUGGUGCUCCUGGCGCUCAUCACCGUCAUCUUCGCCGUCUGCUCGCUGCCACUCACGAUCGCCGGCUUCAUCAACGCCAUCCACCCGUUUUGCGGCGACAACGAGAACCUGGCGGCCUUCCGCUUCUACGCCUUCAACCCCAUCGUGGAUCCCUGGGUGUUCAUCAUCUGCCGCAAAUCCGUCCUCCAACACCUGCGUUCGUUGCUGAGCUGCCGCUUCGGCCAGGGGGCCGGCGUCAAGACCCCGGCUCACUGCCCAUCCGUCCCCUUGCCCCUGGAGAGCCACGUGAUCCAGUACAAACCUCCGGAAGGGACGGAAAGCAGCUUCUACUCAGGUGUGCCCUCCUCACCCACUACAUGAUGUUCUCAAUUGGCGAAACACCAAGAAAUAAACUGGGACAUCUCCAAACCUGCACUGUUGUCGUAAAGGCACAUUGACUCUUGAUUCGAGAUUCCACACCAUCUUUUAUUGACUGACUUGUCACAUGGUGAGACGUCUCUCGGGAAUGAGCACAAAGGAGCAUAUCCUGGUCAUGUGGUUGUGGAUGGAAAUGCUUACUGUACAAUCACCCGCUGGACACCAUGUUAGCUACACCUAUCUGCAGGAAGAGUUUUUGCAUAAAGGACUGCUGAACAACAACAAAAAAAAAAAUUAAAAAAAUAUUUUUCCUGCAUAUCGUUCCAAAUCUGACACAAAAAAAAUUAGGCCUACAUGGGGCAGUAUAUGAUCCAGUGUUAGUGCAACUAAGACAUGAUUGCCAUCUAGUGGUGAUUACUGACAUUGCAUCUUAAAACGACAACCCCUUGCAUUUGUUGGAUUGAUUGAUUUGUUUUAAUCUCAACGGUGCUCAUCUGGUUCAAAUUGGGAUUUGUACUGAAUUGAACUGUCCUAAAGAAAAAGAAAUCCAUUUAUUAAUAUCCGUUGGUGUCGUUAAGGUGUCGGGAAUAGUUUCCAGUGGGUGAAUAUGGUUCAAAUCAUGCACGAAUGUUUACAGUGUUCUUUCAUUCUAAUUUCGUCCCGUCGUGACCAACGAUGUGACACUUCAAACUUCUGUAGAAAUAAUACUGUUGAAAUGUGUACACUGUUGUUGGUGUCUUUGUCACCGCAUGGACAAUUGGGUCGAUAAAGCUUUUGUAGUGCUUCCUGUCUAACUUCCGCAGCUUUCAAAUGUGCAUCGGUGCCUCUUUGCUGCUGUCCCUGCGUUGUUUGUUUUGCACAAUGGUUUACACUUUUGAGGUGACGCCGAAGCCAAGUACUUGUUCCGACCCGUAUUGAGAAAUGAUGAGAUUUGAUUUGUAAAUAGUGAUGUACAGCACAGUAGGCCUACAUUCAACAGCACUCUACACGUGGUUUAAAUGUGAAAUUAAAUGAAACGAAAAAACAAGUAUUGCAAUCCGAAUAGUGUAUCUUUCUUUUCUUUUUUUAACUGAUUUUGAUUUUAAAUGUGUGCGUUUGAAAAUCGGAACCAUCACGGUAGUACAUUUGGAAGCACAAUAGAUUGAGUACUGUAAUGUACUUGUUACCCAAUAACUAUACAUUUUAUUUGUUGAACGUGUACAUUAGAGCUGGAAAAGACAACAAAUUAGCAAAAUCAUUUGGAUGCCUGCAUGUUCUAAAUUCCGCUAAAAGGAGCUCGGAAAGAAAUCAUAUAGUCAUGUUUGCUAUAUUUGAUUUAGCUUACUGCUAAUAUAGCUGCAAACAAAAGGUGCUAGCUGAUGUUUUUUUUUCUAGCGAGGAAUCAUUUCAGGUGGUCAGAGACAGCACCACUCUUUGAAUUGCAAUGACAGAAGCUAUUUGUUUUCUCUUUGUGUUUUACAUGUGCAUUGUCUUUUAUAUUAAACAAGUCCAAGUUA